ACCGCCAAAAAGUAAGUUUGUUUUCCUCUUUUAAAUUUAUUUUACAAUAAUUUUAUGACAAUUUUCUGUUUAAUAACCAUUACCUUUAACCUAUUAAUAUCUUGACCUUUUUCUUGUGUUACAAAUUUCUAGUUAUAUUCAGCAUUCUGUGUUCAAAAAUAAGUUUUCAACAUGUCGUCGGGUCCACGGAGAACAAGAACCGAUUUGAUUCUUAAAUUGAUCUCUCUGCUGAAGGCUGAGGAGCUAUCCAACAAACAGAUUUUCCAGCAAGUUGAGUUAACAGCUCUCGAGGCGGCUCUUAAAGAUGAUCUUGGUCGUCAUCAGUGGUUCAACAAUUUGAUUAACACUGUUGUUUCGGAAGCUUGUCCUGUUUCGCAAGAAGAACUAGAUCUAUAUGCAUCAUCAACGGCAUCUGGAGUCUUCAAACCCGCCGAGUAUGAGGACGUCAAAGAUGAGGUUCAACAUUUGGAAAAUAAUAUUAAAAAGUUGAAACAUCAAAUGACUUUUUUGGAAGAGAGAUACAGCCAAUUGGUUAGAAUGAAAGAGACCGAAAAAGAAACCAAACUGAUCACCGCAGAAUUACGGCUUAAAAGUGCACUCCAAGAAGUACAACAUUUUAUUGAUCGCGAUUCCAUUUUUAAUGAUCCAUAUGAAAAUGUUGCUCAUCUUGUAACUAGAUCGAAUGAGUAUUUUAAGGAAGUUUCCAAUCUUGAUCGUGAUCGCUUACUUGACAGUUUGGCCCUGGCAUCAUACUCUAAUAACAAACAAGAUGUGCUUCACCAUUUCCUUCAUCAUCUGGGACUACUUUUUGUUCGAGUGCAAGAUAAAUUAGAAAAAUUCAAAGACCAUUGCAACAAACUUCGUGUCUAUUUCAGUGUUAAUUUGAAAAAAGAUAUCCUUUGGAGAAGUGAAUUCAAGGAAUUUAUUGAUGAAUUAGAUAAAUGUCCUGUACAACAACCUAGUCUUAUCGAACGCCCUCAUAGUCCUAAAGAGAUUCUUGACACGGAAACUUGUUGGGCAACAGUUGAACAGAUACGACUUAUUAAUCAAAAUUAUAUUGAUUACACGAAAAAAUUGAACGAUUUUACUGAAAAAAUCAAAACCAUGAUCGAUUUUUCUCUUAAACGUUGAUGUUUGAUGGAUUUCCGGCUUCUCUUGUGCUUUAAAAUGAAUCGAAGAUGUUUUUACGUUAUUUUUCGCUAGGUUAUCCCUUCAUUUUUGACGAAUUUCCGGAAUUUAUCGCAAAAUUUAUGACGUAAAGUAUGUUUUGAUGGACAAUCUUAUAAAUUUUAGAAGCUAACCCGCACAAUACAGUUUUGCAAAUAUUGAUGUUCAUCAACAAAUAAACCUGUUGUAAACUCUUUUAGGAUAA